AUUCUUGUCUUCUCCUUUUUCUAUUUAUUUAUUCACAACAUCUAUAUAUAUUAUUUAUAUUCACAACAUCUAUAUAUAUUUUUGUUCAUCAUGUUAUACAUAUAUAAAUAUAAUCGACAGUAACACCAGUUUGGAAACCCUUACCCUCUGUUCUCUUAGACACACGAGCAAGCACUGUCUAUCUCUCUAGAUCUCUGAUCUUCUGUUUUAUCGCCAUGGAUGAAGAGUAUGAUGUUAUAGUUUUAGGAACUGGUCUCAAAGAGUGCAUUCUCAGUGGUCUUCUCUCUGUUGAUGGCCUCAAGGUUUUGCACAUGGAUAGGAAUGAUUAUUAUGGUGGAGAGUCUACUUCCCUCAAUCUCAUCCAGUUAUGGAAAAAAUUCAGGGGAGAUGAUAAGCCUCCUGCAUCUUUGGGCUCUAGCAGGGAUUACAAUGUGGAUAUGAUCCCAAAGUUCAUGAUGGCGAAUGGAACUUUAGUGCGAGUGCUCAUUCAUACAGAUGUUACAAAGUAUUUGAACUUUAAGGCCGUGGAUGGAAGUUUUGUGUUUAAUAAAGGAAAGGUUCACAAGGUGCCAGCAACCGACAUGGAGGCACUUAAAUCUCCACUAAUGGGCCUGUUUGAAAAGCGACGUGCCCGUAAAUUCUUCAUAUAUGUCCAAGAUUAUGAAGAAAACAAUCCCAAGACACACGAGGGAUUAGACCUCACAAGAGUUACUACGAGGGAACUUAUUGCCAAAUAUGGUCUUGAUGACAACACUAUCGACUUUAUCGGUCAUGCUCUGGCACUCCAUAGGGAUGACCGCUUUAUUAAUGAACCUGCUCUGGAUACUGUUAAGAGAAUGAAGCUUUAUUCCGAGUCUCUAGCACGUUUUCAAGGAGGUUCACCAUAUAUUUACCCUUUAUAUGGGUUAGGAGAACUCCCACAGGCCUUUGCUAGGUUAAGUGCUGUUUAUGGUGGGACGUACAUGUUAAACAAACCUGAAUGCAAGGUUGAAUUUGAUGAAGAAGGAAAGGCAUGUGGUGUCACAUCCGAAGGAGAAACUGCUAGGUGCAAGAAAGUUGUGUGCGAUCCUUCAUACUUGUCUAACAAGGUAAGGAAGGUCGGAAAGGUUGCAAGGGCUAUCUGUAUCAUGAGCCAUCCCAUUCCAAAUACAAAUGACUCCCACUCCGUGCAAGUCAUCCUGCCACAGAAGCAACUUGGCCGCCGAUCAGACAUGUAUCUGUUCUGCUGCUCUUACUCGCACAAUGUUGCUCCAAAAGGAAAAUUCAUUGCAUUUGUAUCAUCGGAAGCGGAGACCGAUAAUCCAGAGACUGAACUGAAAGCAGGAAUAGAUCUUCUUGGUCCGGUGGAUGAGAUAUUCUAUGAUGUUUAUGAUAGAUAUGAGCCAGUUAAUGAACCUUCAUUGGACAAUUGUUUCAUAUCAACGAGUUAUGAUGCAACAACACACUUUGAAUCGACCGUCAUGGAUGUUCUCGGCAUGUAUACCAUGAUUACUGGCAAGGUACUAGAUCUUAGCGUGGAUCUAAGCGCUGCGAGUGCUACUGAAGAAUGAUAAUGACUUCCUACAUUCAAAUGAAGAAAUUAGCUAUGGAGAAUGAAUGAUGUGUGUUGUACUGUGCUGGUUUUUCUGUUUUCAUACUAUGGUUGGUUGGUUGGCCAUGUUACCUACAUUCCUUUCAUUCAGUUUCGUUUUCAUCCCUCUUUCUUAUCUUGUGGAGAUAAUUUCAGUCGAACAUCAGUGAAUAUUGUGCUCUGGUGCUGCAUGCACUACUUACAUUUGAUUCUAUGCGCAAUCGUUUUAUGUCGGUUAGAUGUAUAUUUAUUCCUGGAGUUUCAU